CGGCGGCGCCAGACGAGUCCGGCUCCUUGUCUUCGCGCGCGCCGCCAUAGCCAUGUCGGUCAGCGAGAUGUUCAUCGCCCUGCAGGGCUCCCUCAGCGUCGACCAGGACGUCCGCGAGGAGAUCCGGAAGGUGGUGCAGACGCUGGAGCAGACGGCGCGGGAGAUCCUGACGCUGCUGCAGGGGGUGCACCAGGGCGCCGGCUUCCAGGACAUACCAAAGAAAUGUCAGAAGGCCCGGGAACAUUUUGGUUCAGUAAAAACACAGCUGGCAUCUUUGAAGACCAAGUUCCCUGCUGAUCAGUACUACAGGUUUCAUGAACACUGGAGGUUUGUGCUACAGCGGCUGGUGUUCCUGGCAGCAUUUGUGGUCUACUUGGAAACUGAAACGUUAGUCACUCGAGAAGCUGUUGCAGAAAUACUUGGAAUUGAGGCUGAUCGAGAGAAGGGCUUUCACCUGGACAUUGAAGAUUAUCUCUCUGGCAUUUUAACUUUCGCCAGUGAGCUGUCUCGGCUGGCAGUGAAUAGCGUCACAGCCGGCGAUUAUUCUCGUCCUCUCCGCAUCUCCACGUUUAUCAACGAGCUGGAUUCUGGCUUCCGUCUCCUCAACCUCAAGAAUGACUCGUUGAGGAAACGCUAUGACGGCCUGAAGUACGACGUGAAGAAGAUUGAAGAAGUGGUGUAUGAUCUGUCAAUCCGGGGACUCAACAAGGAGACGAGUAGUGCAGGCGGAGAAAAAUAGAAGCUGCUUGUCUCGGCAGCACCAUUGAUUACCUCAGAUGGUUGCCAAUGAGGGAGGGGUGCUGGCAGAGCUCUCCUGCUUAGUUUAGAAAAACUACAAGUUGAAAACUGCUCUCUAUUUUCUUAAGAAAUGUGUAGUACAGGUGUUAGACCUUGAACCAUUUUGUACCACCCUGUCUCAGUAAAGGCAGCAGGCUUUCUGUGACGUUACUCUGUCGUAAUUCCACGUGGCUGUCCUGUGAACCAUAGCCAUAACUUGAUAACUUCCCUCAGUCCCGUUUCCUACUUAGCGUUACUCCUGCUGCCCUGAUGUAUUGUCCUGCUUCUGCUUUCUUUGCCCAUGCAUCCUCAGUGGUGCGUGUGUGGCAUGCAGCUUAGUGCAGAUACAGGUGGCAUUUUAGGAGCCACAGUGUGUAAAUACCUAGAUCUCUUUUUAAGAUACUAAACUUUAACAACCUUUUUAAAAAAAAAAAAAUUCCAUCCCCUUUGAGUCGAGCAGAAGAGACUGGCGUAACGGUUUGUUAUGCUGACCUUAUUAACCAGUGUAUCAAAAAGCCCUUAACUGCAAAGCUCGGAUAAGAAGCUGGUGUAGACCAGUCUCCCAGAUGACUUUGGCAAACACCAUCCGGGCAUCUCAGCUGUUUUUGUUUUGUUUUUUUUGUUAAAACAGGAUUUGUGUUACCAGGACAAGAGCAGAGUUUCUCCAAGUGUCUCCUUUCGCUGGUGUUUUGUUUUGUUGCUGUCAGUGUUGAAUUUUAAAGUGAACUGCAUAUCCUGAACUGAACUCUCGGUGUACUUGCUUUUCUGGCUUUCAAGGCUUCCUAGUAGAGCUAGGCUAAGAGCUGCCUGGUGAAGUGCAGGUAACUUGUCAGUUCUGAGUAACUUGUUCCCAAAUAGGCCAAAAGUUUUAUAUUAUUUUUUUAUUUUUAUUUUUUUUAAAGAUCCAAGGUAGCUAGUUCAUGUAUUUCAAGGAGUUCAGCUUAUUAGUCAAGCUUGCAUGGUAGAUUUUUCUAAGUCCAAGCCUUUAUAUCAUGUGUGUAAACUUGCAAACUCUCACUUCACGGGACGAAAACCUCCUUUCCUAGGAAAGGUAUUUGAAUUGUAUGUUUUGUGGUUGUUUUGUAUGCUGGCAGAGGCUAAGAAGAGAGCAAAUUCUCUAGGAUAAGGACAGUUUCCAAAGGAAACAAAUACCUCCUGACUAUCAGUGAGCGAAAUGAGAAGUGGUUGCAGUUUCAAUGCGUCUUUAUUUUGUUUGCAAAGGUUUUGCAUACUUACCUUUUUAAACCUUAGGGUUGGUUGUUUUUGUUUUUUGUUUGUAUGGUUUUGAGGGGGGGGGGGGCGGGUUAAUAAUCACGGGGAGAAACCAAUGUCUUUGUUACUUUGGCCAAUAAAAGUUGUGUUUUGACUUUGCAGCUCUCCAGUAA